AUGCUGCUGACCCACUUGCUGCGGCUGACCAGCUGGCUGCUGCUGGCUAGCCUGGCCACCCGGAGGUGGAGUCUCAACCAUCGUCUGACUACUGCGGCUUACCUUCCACCAAACUUGUUUGUCCUGCCGUUGAAGUCUCGUAACAACGAGCUGCUGUUGCUCGCGCCCGACGACUCACUACUCCAGCAAGAGCGCGACCAGGACCAGGAGCAGCACAGCGAAGACGACGAUAAGGAGCAGCUGCAGGCCCGCCAGCGCGAGGACAUGGAUAUGAACUCGCGCACACCCAUCGCCUUUGAGGCGGAUCUGCUGGCGGAGCGCACGCUCUUCCUCGUUACACGCAGCUCGAGCUACGCGGCGCUGAUCGCCGGUGCAGGGGGCUUCAACAGGUCGCCGCGCGGACCCGUCAACGUGGGCGAGGGACUGCCGGCGGGCAGCAUCCUACGUGUUCACGUGCAGCGUAGCGGUGGUCGUUACAGGAUUGUGGACCGCGUGAGCUUCAGAUUCGGCAGCUCGGGGUACAGCAGCGACAACUCGGACGAGCUGCGGAGGGGGAGCUGCCACCAUCGCCGACUUCGGGAGGGCGAGGAGCAACGCAGACUGACGAAGCACACGCCGCUCGGCGCCGAGAAGUACGAGCUCGGAUCCACGCACACCUUCGACAAUCUGGCGCUGGGCAGCAAGGCGGACGACUACAGUGGUGUCGUGAACACCAUGAAGGGAAACCCAUGCGAGGACCCCGUCACACCGCUUAUACUGGGCACGGCGCCGCCGCUGUUGCACGUCUGCCACUCGUACGAGGCCGACGACUCAAGUUGA